CUCGUAAGGAAGUUGAUGAAUUUAGAUCAGUGGUGGGUGAUGGCGGAUUUGAUUUUGGGGUUGUUGUUGGUGUUUUAGAAGAAAAAAUUUCGGAUGAAGCUUAUACCUCGGCUGAAAAAUCAGAACAUGAUAUUAUCAUCACAACUUAUAGAAAUAUGUGCCGAAAUAUCAAAAACUUAAUCGCUGGUCGAUUAAUUCAAGAAUUUCGUGCCUUAGAAGAUAGACGUAGGUUCUUAGAAGAUAGACGUAGAUUUUUAGAAGAAGCAUCUCCUACAAAAGAUAUUCCCCCAUCCUCAGCUUGUUCAGAAUUACCAGUAAUUUUUCAAUCAUCCACUUCAACUAUUGAAACUUACUCCGAUGAAGAAAACGAUAUAGGCUCUAUGGAUCCAAAUCUGGUACAAAAUGUUAUUUCUUCUGAAACGGAUCUUGACAAUACCCCUAAACAGAAAAUCAUGUUAGAAGUUUCUGAAAACUCUAGUCCGCAAUUACAAUAUACCGAUUCUAUUAUCUCCGAAGGAGGCACGGCUAAUGGUAAUGUAGAUAGGGACGUGACUAGCAAUACUAACUUUACACUUUUAUAUGAAAAACUUUGUGAUGCAAUAAUUCUUGCUGAUCGUAAAAUCCAAGAAUCUAUCGUGUGUUAUUGCCUAUUUGGAAAGGCUCUUAUUCAAAGACGUAAUGAAAUAGCAUCGGAAAAACAAGUUGAUCCAGAAUCUAAUAUAGUUAGAAGAAUUUUAAAUAAAGAAGUGAAAGCUAAAAUCCAUAUCAAUUCCUAA